GACUUUAUAAUCGUUCAACUGUUGCCAUAGAAGAAAUGACGAUUUAAAUUUAGCGCGUUUUUCACUUCUAGUGACUUCAUGCGCGUUUCUUAAUCACAUUCUGCCAGCUGGUUCUGCGUUCUUCCAAAAUAUUCCUAAAAAUGGAUGGUGUCGUGGAAAGUUUUUCUGUCGAAGGAAUGCACAUGAUAACGGAAGAAUCAGAGGAACCAGAACACUUGAUGACUCCUACAGUGGCCAAUGGGACUGAUGCCAUUAGUCAUGUUAUAGCAACAUCAAAAUGUGUACCUGUAAAUACUAGUGUAAAUAGUUCUAUUGUGAGUACCGCAAAUGUAAAAUUUAGUGAGCUGAAAUGCAAACAAGAACAGGAAUCGCAAAUUGAUAGCAGUAUAUCGCACAUUAUUUCCACACCAGAUGUGCCUCACAUAAUAGCUGCCUCAGAAGAGAAAGGCAAUUCAACAAAGAUACUAGAUGCUACUCAGAUAUUAACAUCUGAAUCAGAAGAAAUCAUGCAUGAAGAUAGCAAAAUUUUUGCUGUUAAAUUCAAUAGUGAUGAAAUAAUUGAUAAUGAGACAAACCACAUUAUUAUGGCAACAGAGGAUGCCAUGAUGGAUUCUGGUGGACAGAUAAUGCCAGGAGAUAAAACACACAUUUUGUCUAGUAAUGGAGAAGUUAUUGCUGUACCAAGUCAAUUCCUGGAUGAGACCGGUAGACUUCAUGAACAUGUUACAACAGAGGGUAUUGAAGAAAUUGACCCCCUUUCUGAGGACCCAAUCCCCAUCAAAAAGGAACCAGGAGUAGUAGAUGCUAAAACAUCAACCAUACAAAUAAGAGUGAAAGCUUCUGCACCAAGAAAAAAAGAAUCCCCACAAUCUUCUGAUGAGAAAGGAGAUGCUGUAGGUGGAGGAUUGUUGGAUGGACUGAAAAGCAGUUCAACCCAAAAGUACACUCAUGUUGAUCGAGAUGAUCCUCGCAGUAGACUCCAUUUUGUGAAGUAUAUGAAACGAGAUGGAAAAACUAUAAAGAUAUGGGAAUGUGGUAUAUGUGGAAAGGAAUUUAUGCACCAAUACACCUUAAUGAGGCAUUUACCAACUCACACAGAUGAAAGGAAUUUCCGAUGUAAUAUUUGUGGAAAAGCCUUCAGACAGAUGUCCACCUUAUCACAGCACAAGGCUACUCACUCAGAGUCAAGACCCUAUGUAUGUGAUCUUUGUAAGAAGACAUUCAGUAGAGUUUCCACUUUGAUAUCGCACAAAAAGACACAUACAGAAGAUAAACAGCAUCAGUGUCAUAUUUGUGGGAAGGCUUUUCACCAAAAAGGUAAUUUAAAAAAUCACUUAUUUACUCACACAAAUGAGAGGCCUUACAAGUGUGACAUCUGUGGACGCGGCUUUAAUCAGGCAUCAAAUCUACAGUGUCAUAAAGCAAAGUCACAUACAGAUGGAAGCGUCAGUUUUCCUAAUACAACUGAAAAGUACAAAUGUAAUUACUGUGACAGUGCAUUUUCUAGAAGAGCACAGCUAAGACAGCAUGAGGAAUAUAAACAUGGUGUGCGUGGUAUACAUGGAGCAAAAAUACUUCCUGACAAUGGACCACGUAUGCUAGGCAAUAAUUCAUUAUUCAAGAAACGAAAGAUUGGCAAUGUUCGGAUUAUUCAGUUACCUAAUGGAGACAAGACUUUUCAAGAGAUAAGUGGAAAUGAAUCAUUCAUGAAGCAAAAGAAGAUUAAGCAAAAACCUAAUAUAAAAAGUGGGAUUUUAAUUGAGCCCAUAGACACCAAGGCAAUGCAUCGAGCACUUGCAGCUGGAAGAACACCUUUUGCUUUGCUUAAACCAAGUAAAGGAGUUCCAGUUGUUGUCAAGGUUCAGUUUGCAUAUGGUAGUAAACAUAUGCUGGUACCAGCAACUGCAAGCGAGUUGAGAGCUGCAGGAAAAUUUACUGUUUCUAGUCAACAGAGUGGUACUAAAGCUGUUCAAAUCAAGGUGCCUGUAGUAGCAACUGUGAUUCAGCGCAUUGCCCCAGAUGGUCAGGUACAUAUGGAUGUUGAAGCACCAGCAGAGGAAGAAGAUUCACUGGAUUCCAUGGGUCUACCUAUAGAUUCUACUGUGACUGAUAAGGUUUCAACUCCUACUUCAGUUGUUAAUGCCUCAGAACAUAGUUUGCGAGUUGGUGCAAGACUUGUUAUGAAUCCGGAUGUUGUCAGACCGUCAAUAACUGAACCAGUCAUGGAAGGUGAAGAUGAUGACCAUUCUGUAGACUCUCCAAUGGCCACUGGAGAUGAUAGCAUCAUAAUAGGUGCUGUAGGAGGUGGUGAAUCUAUGAGUUAUGCAAUUGACCAAGAUGCUGCCAUUGCUGCUGGUACCAGUGAUGGCAGUGAAGGUAUCAAUUCAGUUGAUCUCCUUGCAACAGCUGUUAACUUGGUAUCUCAAGCUCAUAUUUCUAAAGAUAUUGAUGGUAUUCAGUAUUUGAGGCAAAUGAACAUGGGUGAAUAUGAGGUUGUCCCACCAGAUCAUGGUCAAGCAACACACAUCAUGAAUGAACAUGGUCAUAUUGAGCAAAUAAAGAUGGUGGAUGAGGCUAAUACAGUCACCAUGGAGCAAGCCAAUAUUACUGCUUUAAUGGAUGCACUACAGAGUGCAGGAUAUCACAUUGGAACUGGCAAUCAGCAGAUUAUUAUUAAUGCUGAUGGUCAAGCCAUGGUUGUUGAUCAGCAGCAGGUACAGAUGGUCAUUGAUGGGGAUAUGGAAGGAGUUAUUUCAUGUGAUGGUGUUGUUACUGAUGUAGUUGAUCCAUCAUCUGUAAAUCUUGUUGUGCAUGAAGUUCCAGAGGGAAUACAUCCUAAUGAUGGUGAUGAAGAAAGCUGAGAAGGCAGUUUAUAAAAAAGCUGGUGUCCAAAAAACAUACCAUUGAACUGUGAAAGGAUUUUGAAGUAUUUAAGAUCCUUUGUAUUGCAGUAGAGGUGAGACAGAAUUGAAGGAUUUCCUUUUCUUUUUGGCUGUGAUAGUUUAAGGUUGAUCCAAAGUCUCAGAAUAAUGUACUAAUGUUAAUUAAUGAAAGAAUGGUUCUUAGGCUCAGAAUGUGUUAUGUUAUCACUUUGUUAUUGUCAGAACAAUUCUGAAACUCAGAAUCUCUUAGUGACAAUUCUGAGGCUAAGAAUAUGUUAUUGUCAGUUGUUACAGCUGGACGAGUUGAAAUUCAAUAACUGCCAUAAACAUCAGUUAGGGGCAAAACUAAUUGUGGUGACUAGGUUGUCAUAUUUGGUUUGAAAUUGCUAGUGAUAUGGAAAAUUUAAAAGAUUUAUAUUUAAGGAUGGUUUGUUGAUAUAUUUUUAUAGCUUUGUAUGUAAUCAUGCAUGUAGCAAGAAUUUUUUCUAAUAAGAUAUACCAAUGUGAAUCACAGUAUUUCUACUUAACUUUGCUGGUUGUGUUUUUUAAUAAAUAUUGUACCAGCUUGUAUAUGUCAAUCUCAGGACGUAGCAGUAGAUGCUAAUAGAAUUAUCUGGUAUAUUUAAAAAGUAUAGGGGAUUUAGUUUUAAUUGUCAGUUGGUACCAUAGAAUUUUGGUUUUUAUAAUAAGACACACAUGCACUGCUGUAUGGUAAUAUUUAUUGAACAUGACAAGAGUGGUUAUUUUAAUGGGUAAAAAUACGUACCAUUUUACCAUCUACAAUAAAAAAUCAUUCAUUUUGUCUGGAACCUAAUAGUACAUUACAAAGAAGCUAUUAAUUGUUCUUUUAUAGUCGCACAGUCAGUUUGAAUGUGCUGUAAUUAUUUUCCUUUUAUGUGGGUAUGAAAAGUGAGUCUGUUUUGAUAAUUUGUUAAAUGUAUUUUUGAGGAUGUAAUGUUGGACCAUAAAUUUGUGUGAGCAGUAGUUUUGGUUCUGUACAGUACAGGCAGUCCCUGGUUAUCGGCGGACUUGGUUAUUGGUUAUCAUCAAGCCGUCAGAACAGAACCUCUGCUGAUAACCGGGGACUGCCUGUAUUGUAAAAUUUUUGUUUAUUCUGAGACAUUCCAGCAUUGUUUUAGACUUCCUGAGUCAGUUAAGUUCAAGUUAGUGGUGAAUUUUCACGUAGGAAAUGGUGUGAUGAAACAAUGGUCAUUAAAACGUCUUUAUUUUUCGUGUUUAGAAUUCAGGACUGAAGGUGAACGAUUAUUAGAAGCCACACUAACCAAUUUAAGGGUCACUCAUUGCAAAUGACUGAAUUACAUUUAAUAAACUCAAAGAGAAUUAUAACUAAGUGCAAGCAAAUACUACAAUUUACAGAUUGCUUGAGAGGCUGAUCUUAGAAGGAUUUACUUUUACAGUGAGAGAGAAACAAGCACAUACUGUUGUAGUAGGUUUCUGAUUUUUGUAUAGUACAUGAAAAUUGAUACAUAUAGGAAAUAUUGUAAUGGGCAUUACAUCUCUCAAAUAAUGGUCCAAGUUUCAAAAGUGUGUAUACAAGCAGUACUUGCUUAUUGGCGGCACUGGUUAACAGCGCUAGGCUAAUGACAUUGUUAACCAGAUUUUCAAUGACGGUAAGCAAUUUUCUGUGUCAGCGAGAGGUUUAUUGGCACUGAUAAGUGGUUAAAGGUUCCGCUAAGUGGUUUAUUGGGACCGAUAAGUGGUUAACGGUGCUGUUGUUAGGUGUCGUUAAGUGGUUUAUUAGCACUUACAACAUUGUAAAUGCCAUUUAUUACCAUAAUUAUUGGCGAUUUUUGGUUAUUGGCAAUUUUCAGUUUGUGGUGCUUGACCAGGAAUGGAAACCCCCCAACCCAUUAGCUGGCACUGCCUGUACUGCUAUUGUCUUGUACAGUUCUUAGUUUUAAUCCUUGAGAUGAAAAUAGUCAUUCCCUCCAUCUAUAGAUUAUAAUUUUAGUGCCAUCCAUCAUCAUAGUCUUCACCCAUGUAUUAUACACACACACACAUUGUGCUUUAUAUGUACAGUGGCUCCUCAGUAUACAAAUUUAAUUCAUUCCAAAUUCCGAUUGAGUAUGGAAAUGUUUGUAUAUCGAUCUGAAUAUUCCCAUAAGGAAUAAUGGCAGUUCAAUUAUAGGCAGUCCUUCGUUAUCAGCAGGGGUCCCUUUCUCGGCGGGGUGCUGACAAGCAAAAACUGCCAUUAACCGGAACUCGUGCUUAGUUUCGGUUAAUGGUGCUUCUGUUAGGUGUGUUAUGGUGCUGAUAACCGAAACUCGGCCCACUAUGGCGCCAUAAAUCACUGAUUUUAUGGCGCUAAAGAAGCGCCACAAAACUGGAUCGCCAUUAACAGUCCACCGAUAACCAGGGACUGCCUGUAAUUCGUCCCACACUCAAGAAUUUCUCCCAUAUCCACCUCUUCUUCUUCUUUGGUGGGUUUGUUGAAUCCUAAGAAGUCUGCUUCCUGUAAGUAGCUGCCUUCCGUAACAGUCGAAAACUGCUCGUAGAGUUGUCUUGCAUUCUUGCAAAUGAUGUUGAUGUCAAGGGAGAAGGUCUUACAGCAGUCUGUGAUCCAAAAUGCCAAGGCCAACUUCAUCUUCACAAUGCUCUUAUCACACACAGCAGAAACCUUGGCACUACCUUAGAAGCUAACACUCGCAGCCUUCCUUAUCUUCGCCUUUAUCUUCUUGGUGUACCGGCCAUUACUCUCAUUCACACCAUAAUACCAGGCUACUGUGAUGUAACUUGUCCCUUCCUUCUACAUAACCAGAAGUCCUACCUUCUGGAGCAUCAUGACCUUCCUCUGAUGCUUAGGCUCUUUGCCAGAAGGCUUAGUAGGAGCAGGGCAUUUAGGAAGCAUCUUGGGGCACGAUUCAAAAAGAUACACACAGAUUAACAUUGCGAACAAAGACAUGAAAAGUACCAUGUACACAGCAAAACAUUUGAACAGUGGAAGGAUAAGCUUUGAAGUGGCAGAGAUGGGGCACCACAUUACAUAUGUAAGUACAUCACAAGAUAAAGUCUUUUGGGUACACAGCCAAUCAGCAUCAAGGAAAAUGAAUGGCACUCCUGGAUUGGCUGCUUUGCAAACGUCAGUCAAUAGCAUGUCAAGUAGCAUUGCACCUAAGUAUUUCAGCUUCCCAAUAUGCAUUUUUUCUUUUGCAAACUUAGUGUUUGGAAUGUCAGGGUAUGGUUUUUGGGCAAAAUUCUGUUUAUGAAAAAAAUCUUAUUGAUAGUUUGCUUUGUUUACUUAAUAUUUAAUAUUAAUAUUUGAAAAUUAGUAAAUCAUUUUUGUAUUACGAAAAUUGUAUUUAGUCAUGAAAAUACAGUAAAUUGAAAAUUAUGUAGAACGACGGGAUAGGUCCCGCAGAGGUCAACAAACCCUCAGUUAGAGGUCAACAAACAUUCAGUUAGUCCUGUCGCUUUGCAAACUACCCAUGUAUUAUAGACAUGCUCUACUAUCAUUCUAAAAUACUUUAAUAUAAUAUAAAAAUCAUUUUACAAAUUAGCAAAAUAUCAAUAUGAUGUACAGUACAGUAGACACCCGUAUUUGUGGGGAUGGGUACCAGACCCCCUGAGGCAAAUAGCUAAAAUCCACAAAUACUUAAAACUCCUCUAAAAACACUCAGAACUGCCUAUUUCAAGUAUUCAUGGAUUUUAGCUUUUUGUGGGUGGUUGUGGUUCCUAUCCCCCGCAAAUACUGGAGGCAGACUGUACUCCACUUAUCUUUUUGAAUCAUGCCCUAAGAUGCCUUCUAAAUGCCCUGCUCCUUCUAAGGCCUCUAGCAAAGAGCCUAAGAACCGGAGUAAGGUCAUGAUGCUGCAGCAGAAGGUAGUAUUUCUGUAAUUGUCGAGGGAAGGGAAAAUUUACGCUACAGUAGCUGCCCAUUAUGGAGUGAAUGACAGUACUGUCCGGUACAUUGAGAAGGAAGAGGAUGAGGGAAAAAUGCUACUUGUAAGGAUCCUUGGUGGAGAUAAAGUCAGCAUUGAUGUCCACUCUGACCCUCUGAAGGACCAGGAUUUGGAAGAGCUGACAAAGUCUGCCAGCAAGGAAGAAGAUGCAUCAAGUUCAGAGGAUGAGGAUGAGGGUCUGUCUUUGGAAUUUUGUCCCGAAUUAUAAGGAUAGCCAGGGAACUACAGAUGAUUCUAUGGAAUGCUCCAUAAAUUCACAUAUGGACUUGAUAUGUGCAUGGUACCCAGUUAUAACCUCGUCAGCAUAAAGAAGCAGCAACAGCAGCUGUCUAUCACCAUGAAGGACCCUCCAAAGCCCCCUGAAGAAGUGCAGUUGUUGGACAAAGUGCCUGAAGAAGGGGAGGAGGCACCCACAGAGGAGAUGUAACUCCUCUGCUUUGCUGUGCAGUCAUAUCUUCAUUGUCAUUCAUUGGACUAAACUGCUAAUUCAUCAUCAUCUUCAAUCAACAUUCAUCACUGAGUACCCAUAUGAUUUAUGUAAUCUUAAUAUAGUAUUAAUAUUUGAAAAUUAGUACUGUAAAUAAUUUUCAUCAUACAAUUAUAUAUUUAGUCACAAAAAUAAAAUUAAAAUAGUACAGUAAUUAGUGAAUACAGUACAUACUAUAAAUAAUUCUUUUAUCAUAAAAAAUCUGUGUAGCCAUGGAAAUAAAAUGAAAAUACAGUAACUAAUGAAUACAUAAUGCUCUACAAAAAGUCAGUGAAUGAGUAAAUUUUCUGUGAUAUACUUGGAAAUACCGAUUGGACUUAGUCGGAAAUGGCUGCUUAAACAAAUAAUAAUAAUAAUUCCCAAAGAAAAAUCCAUGAUUAACUGAACCGUCAUAUAGCGGGGGUUGACUGUAUCUAUAAAAGCUUGAACCCAGUUUUGCUUAUGCUCCCAUGCCUUGCUACUUUUGUAAUUUGCCUUAGCUUCUGUGCAAUUAAUUGUAUUAGUAGUAAAUCAAAAGACUUUGCUCUCUUUCUCAUCACACAUCAGCAAGAUUCUGAUUUUAUUAUUCAGUAUUCUUAUAUUCUCUUACUUUCUUUUAUAUUCCUAAAAAUAUGCUUUUGUUUCAAAAGGCAUAAUCUAUUUGAGUAAUUAAAGAGGAAAUCAUGUUUCAUAAGAAAGACUUGUAGAACUUGAUUGAUGGGAUUCUAUGAGUGUUUGAAAAUCUUUUUCCCAUGUAUAGUAUGUGAUGGAAUCAAGAAAUGCUGUGAAUAUCUCAUAUUUCUUUUUUCUUUGCAGCACUUGAAGAUUGCAUUCUGAAAUUUAGUUCCAAAUGUAUGAUAACUUAUUUUGCCCUUUUCUGAUGAUAUAUGAAUAAAGUUAACAUGGCUUCUCAAAAAAACUGUUACAAAGUGUGCUGUGGACACAACAGGCAACCAUGAUUAGUAUUCUUCAACCUUCCCUAUAUUUGUAUCAGUUAUUAUGUUGUUGUUCAAGGUUUUCAAUUAUUGUGUUGUUGUUCAAGGUUUUCAAUUAGCUGCCGGCUUAGAACCUAGGACGAUGUCCCUUCUGUCAUUUCAGUAUUUCCUAUUUUAGAUCUAUAAUUUUCCUAUGAAAAUCAAUGGAGUGGAUUCUUUAGUUUCUAUACUACUCAGUUUCACUCUGGGAAGUUGUGUCCCUUUCUUAGCUUUAUCAAAUGUUAUUUCUUCCAGUGUGCAUGCUUUUUUGCAAGUACUCACUGUAAGAAGUUUAUACUCUAGGUACAUAGGUAACUAGUUAAUUAUUAAAUUAAAAUUACUGCUCCUAGUCUCACUACCAACAGUUACAAAGAGCCAGCAUAUAUGAUACUUCCUUCAAGCCAUGUGAUGCGCUUCCCCAUACACUUAGGCCAAAUGAAGUUUGAUGUGCAAAGAUCUCCAGUCACCUUUUGUACUCUGAAAUAUUUUUAAGUAAAUGUAGGUAUACCAGUUCCAACCUUUUAGUUAUAUAUGGGUGAUACAACCCUUUUUCUAUACUAUAUGGUUGAUAUAAAUAAUAAAACACUGACAUUUGACCAUCAGAUAUCAAACUUUGGAAAUUUAGUCAACAGAGAAAAUCUAAAAAUCCCUAUCGCUUGUGAUGGGUGAAAUGUUUUUUUUUUUUUAUGGCUACAAACUAAACUUUGAAGUAAUUUCUCAGCGAAGUUAUGUAAAUGAUAUAUGUAUCUGCUAUAUUUCAUUCUUUUGUUAUAUAUGGGUGAUACAACCCUUUUGCUAUACUAUAUGGUUGAUAUAAAUAAUAAAACACUGACAUUUGACCAUCAGAUAUCAAACUUUGGAAAUUUAGUCAAUAGAGAAAAUCUAAAAAUCCCUAUCUCUUGUGAUGUGUGAAAUGUUCUUUUAUGGCUACAAACUAAACUUUGAAAUAAUUUCUCAGCGAAGUUAUGUUAAUGAUAUACUUAUCUGUUAUGUUUCAUUAAGAUCUGCUCUCCCAUUUUGUGUGGAUAUCUGGUAAUGUACAUAAGACACCCACACACUGAUAUAGGAGAAACUGAACCUCACUCUAACUUUGCUGGCAGAAAAGAAUGUGGUUUGUUUACUGUGAUACAGUUAAAUUUUUGUACUUUCAGACAGACAUGGAAAAAAUAUUUAUUGGUAUUUACAAUCACAUUGGUAAGAGCCAGCUUUCUAAGCAGGUAUUAUGAAAACUGAAAGCUGAAAUUGGUUUGACUAUGACGCCUGUUGAUGUUACCAUAGAUAAUCCUAAUAAAAGACUAGUGUACAUAAGUUUAAAAAGAAACUUGAUAUGAAAGAUGAUUAUUUUUGUUUAUUAUAUUCUUUAAUACACAAGAUUGUUUCAAGUUCCAUGCACAAGUGAAUGUUUUAGUCAUGCAAUUUUAUUUCUUGCUUACAGUCCAAGUUACUGUAUUCUAGAUGUUCUUUUUUUAUUAGUUUUUAAUUAAAUGCCAUUGCUGAUUUACAGGCUUAAAAGUGACAAUAAAAUCUCAUACUCUUGUACAGUCAUUUUCUCACUUGUUUUGAUAUGCCAGUUGUGUUCUUUGUCAUUGUGUUGUGUGUGGACUUUCAUAGUAUCUGUAAUUAGUAUAACUCUUAACUUCAUUAAGUGUAUCAUUUACAAGUAUUGUCUACUGAAGCUAUAUCCUGGGUCUGCUGGUUUGUGAAAAAAAUUACUUUCAUUGGAAGUUUAGUAUUUUUUCAAAUAGAUGAUUGUGAUUGUGUAGUUUAAAUACACUUGUAUGUUUAUGACAGAAUAAGUAGCUUUUGCAUUGCCACCUUUGAUGCAGAAUAUUCCUUAGUAAAUACAGUGUGUAGAUAUUUGUAGUGUGGAAGUGUAAUUGUACUUGCAUAUAAAGUCCAAAUUUGCAAUGCGUGCUUAUAUGUGCCUUAUUCCUUGCGUACCAAAUGCCCUUUUAUCACUUAAAACAAAUAUAACUGAAAUGUUGAGGUAAAAUGUCUACAUGAUAUAUAUCCAAAGACGUGCUGAGAAAAUGUUCGCGUUAUGGCUGUCACCGAUUUUUUCAAUACACACUAGGAACUAUCAUUUGCAAAUAUUUAUAGUUUUUCUAUUGUAAAUACAUGACAAAUUUAUAAAUGCAGAUUAUAUAACACUAAGCCAUUGUGUUUUGGACAAAGAUUACCUAGAUUGUGUGUGUUGUAACUGGUUGUAAGUCAUCAUACUGCAUUAAAAGUUUUUGUUUCUGUGUUCCAGUUUUUUAAGAACAAUUCUUUACGGUUAGCCCAGUGUGAAUGAAAUAUGACUUGGUGGUUUAGUUAAACUAUCAUACAAUUAUAAUAACAACAAUCUGUAUUUUUAGAAUGUUCAGAGACUGAGGCUCUUUAGAUUAGAUCAAAUGAAUGUAGCUGCUGUAGUCUCAUGGAGUGCAAAAGUGUGUUUAGUUAUAUAUAUCCCUUAUUUCACGUCUCGUUUGUGAAAUUUUUUGAAAACUUUGAUGUACAAUUAGUGUGUGGUAGAUUUUUGUUUUUGUUUUAACCACUUUUUCAGAUUUCUUCAUAUCAUUGGCUUGCAUUCUUGUCUUUAAUUCAAGAUGUUUGCUCUACUGGGCAUUCCAGUUGAGAUAAAGUAAAGUAUAAGAUUGGCUCUCCUUUGAGCAGAAAAGUGACAAAAGCCUUAAUCUUGACUUAGCAAGUGAAAGAAGAAUCGUGAUUUCUGUCCAGAGAUGUGUGAGUGACUGCCAUUUUUAUUUAUAAAAGUCCUAACACUAUACUCUAACUUAAAAAUCAAUAUAGAUUAGAUUGUGUAAUGCUUCAUUAGAUUGUGUAAUGCUUUAUUACAUUUUGUAGAUCUUGAAAUGUUCAGAUUACAAUUUGUUAGCAUAAUUGAAGUUUAAUUACAAGGUUCUAGCUGCAGUUUGUUAAAGUUAUUGUUAUCCUUUGGUUUUGACAGUUUCAUUUCUGAGGAUCAGAACGAUGCAUAGGCUAAAAUAUUUUUUAUAGAUAUAUAAUUAGAGAAGCUGAGUCAAAUAACUUCAUCAAUAGAGUAGCUGGUACUUUUCCAAGCAAAGAACUUUAGAUAUAUGCUGAAGUCUUGGGAUAAGUCUGGUCUUUCUAUUGGUAAUGAUACUCAGAGGGCUACAGCAGUAUGCAGUCUGUAAGACUUUAAAGCAAAAGUGAAUAAGUUUGGUAUGAUAAGUAUACUAAACUUUUGUCCUUUAGCUUACAUGAACAAUAUUUAUAUAACAUUGUUUAAUUUCUCAAUCCCAAAACCUUCCUUAAAGAUACUCAAAGGUUUCUCUCUAUAUUUAUCUGAUAAAAUCAUAAAAACAAGAAUGCAAGAAAUACGCCCAAAAUGAACUUUUAAAGAUCUCAGUGGUUUAUGAACUUAAUUUUCUCCAUUUUAUGAUUUCAUUUAUUUUGUUGUUAUGUAUUUUCACUUAUUACUGUAGGGUUUGUAUACAACAUUGCAGUUUUUGUAAAUCCAUGGGUUAAACUUAUGUUUUUUCAGUUUUUUUUUUUUUAAAUCCCCUCUUCAAUUAUGGUCAUUUUUUUGUAAAGUACAUUAUCAUAGAUGCAAAGAUUUUCAGUAAUUUGGGAUUAUUUUAUUAUGACACCCUAGAAUUGGCUUGGUUGCACUCUGAAUUUCUAUUUACACAUUGACAGUGUGCAUCCUUUUAUUUGAGAUACAAUAUCUUGAGUUUUGAACUUGAUUUUACGAUGCUUAUUUCUAUGUUGUCCUUUGAAUUUUGUUCUGAAUAAUUGAUUAAGUAUCCUAGGUAUGUAGCUACUACUAGUCUCUUUUAUUUGUUCAAGGGUAGAAUUAUGUUAUUUUUAGCAAUUUCAUGACACCCAAAAGCAAGUAGUUGCAGGCUUUUAGAUAAAUAGCUGAUUUGCAACCAAGUUUCAAUGUAGCAAAAGGGUUUUUGAGUUAACAAUUACAGAUAUUAAGUUGCCUUUACAAAAGAAAAUAGUACUACGUAGCUUUCAGGACAGUUCUACAAAUAUGGCUUAUGAGGCUGCUGUAUAAGGUAAGAAAAAUUUAUGUAAAACUUUGUCACAACAUCGGAAAUACAGCCCCAGUGUCUGUUGGUAGAAAUAAACUUUCUCUAAAUCUUCAUUUUCAUUCAUAAUUCAAGAUGGUUUAAUGAUAUGGUCCCACUUAGGUCAGACAUGUCGCAGUGACAAUUUAUGUACAGUAUUUGUGUUGUGAUUAUUAUGAAAGUCAGAUGUAGUGUACUUAAUGCAAAAGAGGUAUGUGAUAUACAUUAUCAUGUAAAUGCAUAUAACAUCUUUGAAAAUUUCUGUUUCAGAUCGGGAUGUAGUUUUUAUUUUUUGAACUCCUAAACUAGUUGUUUCUGCCAAAGUAUUGUUAGAGUAAGUUUGACAUUUGUACCUGAAUCAUUGUUGUUAAGCAUAUACCCAAGCAGCAGGCUGCUUCUUCGUAGACUAAAGCAUUCAGAUUUUGGUGAUAUUUAGAUCAUAUUGUAUUAUAAAAGGAGUUAUUUAGGAGGUAUUUUCACACCCUCAAGAAAUACACCCAAACCCGAUUUAAUUUUUUUAAUAUUUAUGUAAUACAUAUUCUGGGUUUGUUUAUUUCUGUAAUGACUAUUGCUAAUAUUAAGUGGAAAAGUUUUUAUGACAAGUGCUCAACUUGUUUAUGCUCUCUUUGUUUUGAAAAUAUUUUGUAUGUUCUUGUUUAAUGUAAAAGUGUUAUUAUAAAUGCUUUUAUGUAAAAGAUGUAACAAAUGCAGAAAAAUAAGCA